AUGUUACUCCCAACGAUUUCCCUUCCCUUAGAAAUUCUUCUAAACACGAUCAUUAUCCAAUAUUUGGAUUCAUCAUACUGCGUCACCGUAUUCUCAGAUAAACCUCUGUCUCCAAUUUUCUCAACAAGUUUCAUUUAUUUAAUACCAGAUGAAGAAAACUUAGUGGAACAGAUAUACAACGUAUCAGAAAGGGGAUGUUCCGAUUACAUAGUUCGUAUGAGAGACCCUCAGAACUUUAUGACAGCAUUUGAACGCGUUGUUCAUAUUGGAAACGUAAGAAGAAGUGACAGAAAAGUCAUUAUCCUGCCUUAUAAUGAGGAAUACAAUGAUAUUAAUGAUGAAAAUCUACCUUCAUUAAUAUUUUCCAUGAAAGGAAGUGAAUACCUGGCCAAUAUGUUAAUGGUCAUCAACCAUAAUAGUAGCAACUCUGAUUGCAAAGAAUUCGAUUUGAUUACACAUCAGUACGUAGGUCCUGAUGAUGUGAGUAAUCUCCCUAAAUACUUGGAUCGUUGGGAUUCUUGUUCACAACAGUUUGAGAAUAAUGCAAACUUAUUUCCUCAUGAUAUGACUAAUUUGUUUGGGAAGACUUUGAGAGUGGCGUGCUUUACAUACAAACCGUAUGCGCUGUUGGACAUUGAUACUGCUAUUGAACCUUUGGGCAGGGAUGGUGUGGAAAUCAGAAUCGUGGAUGAAUUUUGCAGGUGGGUAAAUUGUACUGUAGAAGUAGUCAGAGAAGAUGUGGAUCAGUGGGGAGAAAUUUAUAAAAAUGAAUCCGGUGGCAUCGGAGUUAUUGGAAGUGUCGUAGAAGAUCGUGCAGAUUUAGGAAUCACUGCUCUUUAUUCUUGGUAUGAAGAAUAUCGAGUGAUGGAUUUUUCGGUUGCGGGAGUAAGGACUGCUAUUACUUGUAUAGCUCCAGCUCCUAGACUAUUAUCCAGUUGGGAAAUGCCGCUAAUGCCAUUUACGUGGUACAUGUGGCUUGCUGUUGUUUUUACUUAUUUCUAUGCCUCAACUGGGAUUUUAACCGCACAGGGAUAUGGUUCAUCAUCGUAUCCAUUUUUAAAUGCUUUUGGUAUGAUGAUUGGACAAUCUCAGUAUGAAGGAAAACCUUCAUGGAAGAUAAGAAGUGUCACUGGCUGGUUGUUGAUAGCGGGGCUGAUUCUGAGCAGUGCGUACGGGGCUGGUCUGGCGUCUACAUUCACAGUUCCUAGAUAUGAGCCAUCUAUUGACACGGUACAAGAUAUAGUCGAUAGGAAAAUGGAAUGGGGAGCCACCCAUGAUGCUUGGAUAUUUUCUUUGACUUUGUCGACUGAGCCGUUAGUAAAAGAGCUGGUGAGCCAGUUUCGUAUUUAUUCAUUUGACGAACUGAAAAGUAAAAGUUUUACUCGUAGCAUGGCAUAUAGCAUAGAAAAGUUACCGGCAGGCAACUUCGCUAUAGGUGAAUACGUAACACAGGAAGCUAUACUAGACAUGAUGGUGAUGCUUGAAGACUUUUAUUACGAACAGUGCGUCGUGAUGAUGAGGAAAAGUUCUCCUUACACCGAAAAAGUUAGCCAACUUAUAGGACGGUUACAUCAGUCCGGACUUUUACUAGCUUGGGAAACUCAGGUCGCUCUGAAACAUUUGAAUUACAAAGUUCAGGUUGAGGUGAGAUUAUCAAGGAGUAAAAAUGAUGUGGGGACUACGAAGGCUUUAAAUCUUGGAAAUGUUAUAGGAAUAUUUAUUGUCUACGCAAUUGGACUUAUGCUCUCAAUCGCAACGUUUUUAGGAGAAUUAUAUGUUCACCAUCACAAACAGAAGAAAGAGCGCAUACAUGUUGAUUGA